AUGGGUUCUACAGCAUCUACUACUGAUAAUAAAGCCGACAGUACAGUUGUCAGCAACGUUGUUACUCAUGCUGAUCCAAUUGCAUCUAAAGGAUUUGCUGUUGAUAGUUCUACUUCUUCAUUCAAACUGUUUGAAUUCGAAAGACGUGUACCGAAAGCAGAUGAUGUUUUCAUUCGAAUUCACUAUUGUGGUAUAUGUCAUUCAGAUAUUCAUCAAGCAAAAAAUGAGUGGCAUAAUUCAAGAUACCCUAUGAUACCAGGUCAUGAAAUAACGGGCGUUGUCGAACAAGUUGGUUCGAGUGUAAAGAAAUUUCGUGUCGGUGAUAAUGUUGGUAUUGGCUGUAUGGUUGAUUCAUGUCUCAGCUGCAACUCAUGCAAGAAAGAUUUGGAACAACAUUGUCCUGAUACAUGCUAUUCGUACAAUAGUACUGAACUUGAUAAAGUAACACCAACAUACGGCGGCUAUUCAAAUUUUAUUACUGUUAAAGAACAUUUUGUUUGUAAAAUUCCAAAAAACUUACCAUUAGACGCAGCUGCACCAUUACUCUGUGCUGGUAUCACAACUUACUCACCUUUACGUCAAUAUAAUGUUGGUAAAAAUACACGUCUAGGAGUUAUCGGACUUGGAGGACUUGGCCAUAUGGCUGUCAAAUUUGGUGUAGCCAUGGGUGCACAUGUAACUGUUAUUUCAACAUCAGAAUCAAAGCGUGAUGAUGCAACUAAACUUGGUGCAAAAUCAUUUCUUGUUUCAAAAGAUGAAGAACAACUAAAAUCUGUCAAAGAUUCAUUUGAUUUUAUCCUGGAUAGUGUAUCAGCACCACAUGAUGUUGCUGGUAUGAUUAGUCUACUCAAGUUUAAUGGAGUUUAUUGCAUAGUCGGCGCGCCACCAAAACCAUUAGAAAUUCCAUCAAUUCUCUUUAUAACUAAACGAGUCAUUUUUACUGGUAGUCUGAUCGGUGGAAUGAAAGAAACUCAAGAAAUGCUUGAUUUUUGUGGUAAACAUGGUAUUACAUGUGACAUUGAAAAAAUGGAGGCAUCACCGGAAACAUUGCAAGUGGCUUACGAACGAACACUGAAAUCAGAUGUUAAAUAUCGUUUUGUGCUUGAUAUGUUGAAUUCAUUCAAAUAG